AUGCAAUCUCAUGCAAUGGCUGGGGGAAAUUACUCCACAGUUACCCACUUUAUCCUUCUGGGAUUAACAGACCAUUCAGACCUGAAGGUCCCCCUUUUCAUGGUGUUCUUUGUGAUCUACACUAUCACCGUUUUGGGGAAUCUCGGGAUGAUCUUGCUGAUCAGGUUCAAUCCCCAACUUUACACGCCCAUGUACUUCUUCCUCAGUAAUUUAUCUUUUAUUGACCUCUGCUAUUCAUCUGUCUUUGCUCCAAGGUUGCUGUUUGACUUAAUUGUAGGGAGCAAAAAGGUUUCUUAUGGUGCCUGUAUUGCUCAGACUUUCCUGUUUGGUACAUUUGUGUCCACAGAAGGAUUCCUGCUGGCUGCCAUGGCAUAUGACCGCUACAUAGCCAUCUGUAACCCGCUGCUCUAUACUGUUGCUAUGCCCAAGAAAGUCUGCGUUCAACUGGUAGCUGGGUCAUAUAUGGGGGGCCUUCUGAACUCAGUGUCGCAGGUAAUUGGUUUGCUAAAAUUGUCAUUCUGUGGGCCUAAUAUCAUCAACCAUUACUUCUGUGACAUCCCUCCCUUGCUGAAACUUGCCUGUUCUGACACCCACACCCAUGAGGUCAUGCUCUUAGCUUUUACUGUGGCUAUAGCUGCCUCCACUUUCAUGACCAUUCUUAUUUCCUACUUGUACAUUGUCUGUGCCAUCCUGCGGAUCCGCUCUGCUGAGGGCAGACGCAAGGCUUUCUCUACCUGCGCCUCCCACUUGACAGCUGUCACUGUCCUCUAUGGCUCUGUUACAUUUAGUUAUGUACAACCCAGUUCAAGCUACUCAAUGGGACAGGAGAAAGUCUGUGCUUUAUUCUACACAUUGGUGGUCCCUAUGUCGAAUCCCUUAAUCUACAGCCUGAGAAACAAGGAUGUGAAGGAUGGCCUGAGAAGGGCCAUAGGUGGGAAAAAUUUCACAGCUAAUUUGAAUGCUUGGAUAAAUAUGAUCAGCUUUUAA